AUGAUUAAGACUAGCACAAGAUUGGGUCUCACCCGCUUCUUAAGUUCAGGAAACAAACCGCCAUCACAUUUCAACUCGGGUGAAGUUCCACAAACAUACAGUUAUCAUAGCCACGGCAACCAAUACGGACAUUCUCCACCACCCCCACCACAAUCAUCAGCACAAUCAUCCCCUCCACAACAAUCGUCAGCUUCCUCCAACAAACAUGAAGGAUCAAUAAGAGAAAUCACCAGCUUACUAGCCAUGUUUGCCCUCGCUUAUCUUGCCAUUGACAAUUAUACCGAACGAGUCAAGAUUGAAAAACUUCAUCAUGAUACAACAGCAAUAAAUUUAAAAGCCCUUCAAGUACAACAAAUCAACUAUGCGCAAGAGAGGAAGAAGCGGGAUUUGGCCAUGUUGCAAGAGCGAAGGGAAGUUGCUAAACGAGAUUUCAAAAUGGGAUUACAUAUUGCCAUGUUGAGGAAACAGUUGCUUGAUGCUGGCAUGAAACCGGUGGAUUUGGAAGAAGCAGUUAAGGAAUUUGAAAAUAGUGUUAAAGCUGAUAAUUCGAUAAAGAAUGUCACUGGCCAGUACCUAUGGCUUGACGAUAAAUCAGAAUUCAAGCCGUAUUUACCAAAUGCCAUGGAAUACGCAAAGAACCGCAAAAGUAAAUAG